AUGGCAGCGAAAUCUGAUGGUCUGGGGGUCGUCACCGGUUUCGCCCAGCUGCACAACCUGGACGAGGCGGCGGGGAGCGGCGAGGAGGAUCGCGCGGAGGGCAGCUCUUUCCACAUCUGCCACUGCUGCAACACCUCGUCGUGCUACUGGGGCUGCCGGAGCGCCUGUCUGCGGUACCUCCUGGGCAAGGGGAAGGACGCCAGGCGCCCGGCGCAGGAGCAGCGCCUGUGGCUGGACUGCCUAUGGAUCAUCAUUGCUCUGCUGGUCUUUUUCUGGGACGUUGGGACGGACCUGUGGCUGGCCGUUGACUACUACUCCAAGCGGGACUACCUUUGGUUCGGGCUGACGCUGUUCUUCGUGCUGGUGCCGUCGGUGCUGGUCCAGAUCCUGAGCUUCAGGUGGUUCGUCCAGGAUUACACCGGGGGAGGGCUGGGGGCGGUGGAGGGGCUAAGCAGCCGGCGAGCCGCGGCCGGGUUGGGCACCGGAGCGCACGGGAAAGGCCGCUGCUGCCGGGUCUCGGUGUGGAUCUGGCAGACAGUCAUCCACAUCCUGCAGAUGGGGCAAGUAUGGAGGUAUAUCCGCACCAUGUACCUGGGCAUCCAGAGCCGGCGGCAGAAGGAGCACAGGAGGCGUUUCUAUUGGGCGAUGAUGUACGAGUACGCCGACGUCAACAUGCUGCGGCUGCUGGAGGCCUUCCUGGAGAGCGCCCCCCAGCUGGUCCUCCAGCUCUGCAUCAUGAUCCAGAGGAACCGGGCAGAGACACUGCAGUGCGUGUCCUCUCUGGGCUCCCUGCUCUCCCUGGCCUGGGUGCUGGCCUCGUACCACAAGCUGCUGCGCGACUCUCGGGACGACAAGAAGAGCAUGAGUUACCGCGGCGCCCUGAUCCACAUCUUCUGGCGCCUGUUCACCAUCUCGUCCCGCGUGCUCUCCUUCGCCCUGUUCGCCUCCGUGUUCCACCUGUACUUCGGCAUCUUCGUGGUGGCGCACUGGUGCGCCAUGGCCUUCUGGGUGAUCCACGGCGGCACCGACUUCUGCAUGUCCAAGUGGGAGGAGGUGCUGUUCAACAUGGUGGUGGGCAUCGUGUACGUGUUCUGCUGGUUCAGCGUGAAGGAGGGGCGCACGCGCUGGCGGAUGCUGGCGUACUACUCCCUGGUGCUGGCGGAGAACACGGCGCUGACGUGGCUGUGGUACGCGUACCGCGACCCGGCCACCACCGACGCGUACGCGGUGUCGGCGCUGUGCGGGGUCUACCUCACCUUCGCGUCCGGCCUGGUCUGCAUGCUGCUGUACUACGGGGCCCUCCACCCCGUGGGCCCCCGGCUGCAGCUGCUCACCAGCUCCUGCUGCGCCGAGCUGCUCUGGGGCCUGCCGCUGCCCCCCGAGGCCGAGCCCAUGGCCCCCACCCCCGGCCCGGGCCCCCGGGGGUCCCAGGCCACGCCCUCCCGCGCCUCCCUGGGGGACCACACCCAGGAGGAGGAGGAGGAGGAGCUGACGGCGGAAAGCUGCCUGCCCGUGUUCCAGGUGCGGUCCACGCCCCCCGCCACGCCGCGGGGGCGGGGGGCCCGGCCCGAGGGGCCCCUGAUUAAGAUCGACAUGCCUCGGAAACGCUACCCCGCCUGGGACGCGCACUUUGUGGACCGCCGUCUGCGCAGAACCAUAAACAUCCUGCAGUACGUCACGCCCAGCGCGGUCGGCAUCCGCUACCGCGACGGACCCCUACUGUACGAGCUGCUGCAGUACGAGUCCUCCCUCUGAGACCUCCCCCCAAGCUCUCUCUCCGCCUCUCCCCCUCUCUGUCUGUCCCCCUCUCUCUGUCUCUCUCCCUCUCCGCCUCUCCCUCUCUCUCUGCCUCUCCCCAUCUCCCUGUCUCUCCCUCUCUCUGUCUCUCUCCCUCUCCGCAUCUCCAUCUCUCUCCCUCUCUCUGUCUCACCUCCUCUCCGCCUCUCCCCAUCUCCCUGUCUCUCCCUCUCUCUGUCUCUCUCCCUUUCCGCAUCUCCA